AUCAGCUUUGAUCUUCUCAUUUAAUCUGCUCCGCCUCAUCAAUAUGCGCACUAGAAAAGACUUUGCUUCAAUUUUUAAUAUUCUUCUGGAUGUUUUAACUGGCUUGUACCAAACCGUUAUUGGUCAAUUCAAAAAGAUCUUAGGCAUACACUUACAGAGUGCUUGAGCACGGAAAACUCAAAACAGGAAUUUUACUUGCUAUGGGGGCUUUCCUAAACGGGAAAAUUAAACCCACGACGAUGCAAUCGCGACUGCUUCUGAUGACGCUGUUCUUUCUGUCUGUCACUAUAAUAAUGAAUAUAGGCUUUCGCAGUUAUCAGAUUUCCAACAAUUUGGCCCUCAAACCCGCUUGGUUUCCCAGUUUUUUUAACCAAUCAUAUUCAACCGAUUGGUCAAUCGGAGGGCAGAGGGAGCCUCCUGCAAAAAACAUUACUGUCUGCGCCAACGGGACACAGAAGCAACUGAUCUCUUGCCAAGUGAAGACAAAAAUAGCCAUGUUGAAAACACACAAGUGCUUCAGUGAUCUUAUGGCAACGAUGAUGCUCAGAUUUGCAGAUAAAAACCAACUAGAGGUGAUGUUUUCAAAGUUUGGAGGAACAAUUGCACAGUUUAACAAAGAGGCUACAUUCGAUGUGGGGCUGCCUUCUCGACGAUUGUCGAAAAAAUUUCAGAUGAUGACACUCCAUUGCGUGUACAACUUUGAGCACUGGAGUCAACUGAUGGAGCAUCCAUUUGAUCUGGUGGGCUUAGUGAGGGAGCCUCUGGCCCAAUUUCAGUCCUACUUCAACUUUUUCCAGAUGACCGACUCAGUCAAAUCACUCUUCCCCAAUGUGACCGAAAAGAAUGCAUUCGAUUUCUUCAUCCGAGAGUACAACCCACACAACAGCACGUGGCAAUCGCUUAAUGUGCAGUGGAACAUUCACAACCCCAUGAUGACUGAUUUCGGAGCUGGCAACUUGACCUCAAGUGAGGCAUUCGAUUCUUAUGUGAAACAGAUUAUGUCCAACUUCACAGCCAUCGUAGUUGCCGAACACUUAGACGAAAGUUUAGUUGUUCUAAAGAACAAACUCUGCUGGGACUGGUCGGAUGUUGUCUACGUGCCUGUGAAUCAGGCCAAGUACUCAUUCGACCAUACAAACCAAAGUGUGCUGGCUGAGCGCAGGAUAAACUACAAAUUAAUUUCACCUUUCGAUUUUCUUCUUUACAAACAAGCGCUUCAAAAACUGCACAAAGACAUGGAAAGCAUUGAACAUUUUGAGGAACAACUGAAUGAAUUCAAAAUAUUAAAGGCUAGAAUCAGCAAAUGGUGCAUGGAGCAUAAUGGGAAAGAGUUCAAUGAAACUUAUAUCGAAACCCGCUAUGACUCUGAUGGCAUAACCUUUUCUGCCAUGGAUUGCGCGCGAAUGAAGAGCGAUUUGAUAGCGUAUGUUGAGGAUGUAAUGGAGCGUAGAUACUCCAGGGAUCCCAAUACUCAAUGGUGGACUUCGCCUCAUGAUCAGGGUGGAAAAUUACAAACCUGACUACGAGCACACUUUAUGACCAGGAUAUCAAACCCCGC